UUUAAUUGAGGCAACUUGCAGCGAGAGCGCUGCUGCCCGGUGCGAUUGCCGCCCGCUAGUGCUGAGGAAAGGGUGAGGUGGGCGGGAGGGGGGUUCUGGCAGUACUGGCAGGCGGCGGGACGGGACGGGACGAGACGAGCGCCGUUCGGGAGGGGAGCUGCGUACGGCCAGCGCCCUGCAGGACAUGGUCUUGUGAUGAACUUUCAGACCUACGAAUCAUGUAUCUGCUGACAGAAGUCCUUCAAAACUGUGGACACUUCUGACCAAUCUCAUUCUGAAACAAUGGAAGCCACAAGUAUGUUGCCAAUACUGAAGAAAAAGCUAGCUUUUCUUUCAGGAGGCAAGGACAGAAGAAGUGGGCUUAUCCUGACAAUUCCACUUUGUUCGGAGCAAACAAACAUGGAGGAGCUAAGUGUCACUCUGGAUUACUUGCUCAGCAUUCCAAGUGAUAAGUGUAAAGCCAGAGGUUUUACCGUUAUUGUGGAUGGUCGGAAAUCUCAAUGGAAUGUGGUGAAGACUGUUGUACUGAUGCUGCAGAAUGUGAUUCCUGCUGAAGUGUCUCUAGUGUGUGUGGUGAAACCAGAUGAGUUCUGGGACAAGAAAGUGACUCAUUUCUGCUUCUGGAAAGAAAAAGAUCGACUGGGAUUUGAGGUAAUUUUGGUAUCUGCCAACAAGCUUACACGCUACAUAGAACCAUGUCAAUUGACUGAAGAAUUUGGAGGUUCCCUUCUAUACGAUCACAUAGACUGGCUGAAUAAAAGAUUGGUCUUUGAAAAAUUCACAAAGGAAUCAACAUCAUUGCUGGAUGAACUAGCUUUAAUUAAUAAUGGAUCUGAAAGAGGCAAUCAACAGGAGAAAGAAAGACCUGUAGAGUACAGUUUUCUUCCUUCCGUGGAUCCAGAAACGGUUUUGCAAACAGGUCAUGAACUGCUAUCAGAGUUGCAACAGCGGCGCUUUAAUGGAUUAGAAGGAGGCAUGUCAUGGUCCCCAAUGGAUGAUGAGUUGUUAGCUCAGCCCAAAGUUGUAAAACUACUGGAUUCUCUACGAGAGCAGUAUACUCGAUAUCAAGAGGUCUGCAGACAGCGUAGUAAACGUACUCAACUUGAGGAGAUACAACAAAAAGUUAUGCAGGUUGUAAACUGGCUGGAAGGACCUGGAUCAGAGCAACUCAGGACGCAGUGGGGUAUUGGGGAUUCUAUUCGAGCUUCACAAGCCUUGCAACAGAAACACGAGGAAAUAGAAAGUCAGCACAGUGAAUGGUUUGCAGUAUACGUAGAGCUUAAUCAGCAGAUUGCAGCUUUGUUGAAUGCAGGGGAUGAAGAAGAUUUGCUUGAACUAAAGGCGUUGCAACAACAAUUAAGUGAUGUAUGCUAUCGACAGGCCAGCCAACUGGAGUUUAGGCAGAAUGUACUACAGACAGCACUUGAAUUCCACGGUAUUGCUCAGGAUUUGUCCCAGCAGCUUGAUGGGUUACUCGGGAUGCUUUGUGCUGAUGUGGCACCAGCUGAUGGAACUGCCAUUCAGCAAACUUUGAAACUCUUGGAAGAAAAAUUAAAGAGUGUUGAUACUGCUUUGCAGAAUUUACAGGAAAAAGGUCAAGGUCUUUUAGACCAAAUGACUUCCCAAGCUCCUUGGACAUUUGGGAAAGAUGUUUCCAUUGAAAAUAAAGACAAUAUUGAACAUAUUCAAGGCCUAAUGGAAGAUAUGCAGCUUCGAAAGCAAAGAUGUGAAGAUAUGGUGGAUGUACGGAGGCUAAAAAUGCUUCAGAUGGUACAGCUUUUCAAAUGUGAAGAGGAUGCUGCACAAGCUGUUGAAUGGUUAAGUGAGCUUUUGGAAGCCCUUCUGAAGACACACAUUAGACUGGGAGAUGAUGCACAGGAAGCCAAAGUUCUCUUGGAAAAACAUCGCAAAUUUGUUGAUGUUGCCCAGAGCACCUACGAUUAUGGGAGACAGUUGCUGCAGGCGACAGUGGUGCUGUGCCAAUCUCUACGAUGCACCACAAGGUCCUCAGGAGAGACACUACCAAGACUGAACAGAGUCUGGAAACAGUUUACAGUGACAUCAGAGGAACGGAUUCACAGACUGAAUUUGGGUUACACAUUCAACUUAGCUGCUGAAAAGAUACUAAAGGAUAAUUCCCAAUUAGAAGAGCAAACUGAAGCCUGGAAGGAACUUCUAGAAAAAUUUGAUGAAGUUGAAGCAACUGGAAAAUCUUUAUUAGACAGACUAACAGUGCCUGUAAUUUACCCUGAUGGAACUGAACAAUACUUUGGAAGUCCAAGUGACACAGCCUCGACAGCAGAACAUAUUCGUGAAAAAAUGAGAGUGGUCAGCCAGAAGAAGCCACAAACUCUAGAACCAGUGUCACAUGACAGUUAACGAAUUGGUUCUUAUGGUUGUUCGGAGUAUGGAGUCGCCUUCCCAGUGCAACACUCAGAUAUUAAAAUUUGUUUUGCGUAUUAUGACACCACCUUAUAUUGGAAGUGGAUCCACAGUCCAGGUAUACAUACUAAGUAAAGGAUUGAUAAUGGACCUUGAAGCAAUUUUUGUAAAUUAAUGUGCACUGUUGUGCAUUGGAAAAUAAGGCUGAUAUCCCUAAUGUGCAUUAUAUGUCUAGAAUUAUGAUACAAAUAUAUCUGCCAUUCUGGGAAACACAGACUCAGUACAUACAUAUUCUGCAACUUGCAUUUGAAGACAGGCCAUUGUCAGCUUUGACUGUAGAAGCCAUAUUGACAAAUGCUGCAAUGAUACUAAGAUCUGAGAAUAACAUAAGAGUGAAAUAUGAAGCAUUGCACUGAACUGAAUUCCUACCCCUAGAGCUUUACAGUCUUGUCAACUAUUAUUUUGGUGGUUGGCACAAAAGCUUAAUGGUGCUAUAAAAUCUUUUAGAGUGUCCAUGCACUAAGCAGUUACCUUUUACUGUUCUUAGACAGGUGCUGUGGAACUUUUAGGCUUUUAAUAUUCAUGUUAGUAGAUGUUGAUAAAAUGUUUCCCUUGUAGUUAUGUCUUAAUUUUUGAUUUUUUUUUAAAGUUGCUGCUUUAGUUUGUGCCAAUAAGAAAUGUACACAUAUUGCCAUUGAUGUAUUUCUUCAUUUUUUCAAAACAUAAUUUGUUUUGCAUAUUAUACUAAUUACAGAUUAAAUGAUACUUGUGGAUAAGGAGCUUUUAAAAAAAAAUAUAAAUAAACAACUGUAUUUGUUUUGACAACGAAUUUUAAGAAGAAAUUUUGCAUUGGGAGGUUAAGAUUCUCAUCCUUGCAAAAUAAAAUCCAACAUGUACACUGUG